UGCAUACGCCUCAUUUCCGGAUACAAAAUCCCUUACUUCCGACUUUAAAAUCACUUGACACUGAGCCUUCAGUCCGUAUUUAAACAAUAACAGGGCUAUGGCUCGAGAAUAUGACCAUUUAUUCAAGCUCCUUAUCAUUGGUGACAGUGGUGUAGGAAAAAGCAGUUUAUUAUUACGGUUUUCAGAUAAUACAUUUGCUGGAACCUAUAUAACAACAAUCGGUGUAGAUUUUAAAAUCAGAACAGUAGAUGUUGGUGGAGAGAAAGUUAAAUUACAGAUCUGGGAUACAGCAGGUCAAGAGAGAUUUCGUACAAUUACAUCUACAUAUUACAGAGGCACACAUGGGGUAAUUGUUGUGUAUGAUGUGACAAGUGGUGAAUCAUUUGCAAAUGUAAAACGAUGGCUACAUGAGAUUGAUCAGAAUUGUGAUGUAGUUAACAGAAUUUUAGUUGGUAACAAAGAUGACGACCCGGAUCGUAAGGUUGUUUUAACGCAAGAUGCACAAAGAUUUGCUGAACAGAUGGGAAUACAGUUAUAUGAAACAAGUGCUAAAGAAAAUAAAAAUGUUGAAGAAAUGUUUCUUGCAAUAACAAAAUUAGUAUUACAGUCCAAAAAAGAACAAAUGAAAAAGCAGGCAGAUCAACCAUCAGAUUCAAUUAAAAUUAAUGGAAGAUCGAAAGACAAACGGACAAAAAAAUGUUGUUGAUGUUUGUAGUCUAUUGUAUUUUAUUGUUGUAAUGUAUCUGCAAUCUGUAUAAAAGGGAAUUAAUCCUGUUAACAAAGGGGAACAACUCUAGAGUAAAGUUAGUCCUGUUUACAAAGGGGAACAACUCUAGAGUAAAAUUAGUCCUGUUUACAAAGGGGAACAACUCUAGAAUUGAAAAGUAAUGUGAAAACAUUCAAUGUAUAAAUUCAAGGGGAUUUAUGCUGUGCAUUGAAUACUAUUUGCAUUGACUUAUCAUUUAAUGAUUAUUUGCGAACAUUCUAUACAAUUGUACUCUGUGACUGCUACUCAAAAUAUUACUAUAUUGAUUAAUUUGUUUUAAGUAAAAGAUAUUUAUUUUAAGAUUACAAUGAAAGUUCACCUACAUGUAGUUCAAAAAUUAAAAUGUGUUAAGAAACAUUAAGUUAAGGAUGUUUGUGUCUGAAAUUCAAAGUGAUACCAUUUUCAUAAAUGAGAUGUUUUUAGUAGAUAAUGUAUGAUAUAUUCAAAUUAUAGAAAAUAGAAUUGGGUAUAAAUGCUUGUUUUUAAUCUACAAGAUUUUGAAAAAUGAGAAUUUAUGGUCGGGGUAAAAUGUCUCUGGAUUUUUCGUAUGAAAUGUAUAAAGAGAAUUCGAAGGAGUCAUUGUUAGGCUGGAUGAAAAAUAUAUUAAAAGUAACCAGAAUUUAAAAUAUUUUUACCAGGCAUGUAUUGGAGGUGCAAGAUCUGAAGAAAUAAUGUGGAGUAUGGGGGUCAUUAGGCAAACACUUAUGCAUAAGCUUAGGAAAAUCCAGAGAUGUUUCUAAAAUACAUUAAAGAAAAGAAGGCAAAUUCCUUUAAAUUAACUUUUUACUAACAUGCUGAAUUUAGAUUAGGCUUGCUUAUAUGCUGGUUCAUAUGAGUAAAUGGGAAUAUUUUAAAUGUUGAUAUUUUUUAACUGAAGGUAACUGCCCUUGACAUCAGGAAUGGAUUUCAUUCCUUUUUUUUUUUUUUUAAGUAUGAGAGUUGGCAUGAGAUAUGUGUUUCAUCAAUAAAUUAAGAAAAAAAUAUUAAAAAAAAUAUUUUUUGUCUUGAGAUUAUUUGAAUGAUCACUGAGUUGAAAUUAAGAGUUGAUAAGGAUAGUAAGUCUCCCCAAUGCAGAUCAACAUUUAAGGUAAAGAAAUGUGAUGUUGACAUGUGUAAAGAAAUUUCGCUUCAUACAGAUUCAUUUUUUUUUAUAGGCAUAUUGUAUAAACAUAAGCUAUAUUGAUUGAAGAUAUGUACCAUAUGUGUAUACUUUUAUUAGUGGAGGUCAAUUUUUCCUGAUUCGACAGAAGUCUUUGGCUCAAAGAUUGUUAAAUAAUUGUCCAUAGUUUUUUAUACGACGGCAAAAAAAUUUUGUGGUUGUAUAUUGGUAUGACAUUGGCGUCAUCGUUGUUGUCCGAAGACACAUUGGUUUUCGCACUCUAACUUUAGUUUAAGUGAAUGGAUCUCUAUGAAAUUUUACCAUAAGGUUCAAUACCACAAAAGGAAGGUUGGGAUUGAUUUUGGGGGUUAUGGUACUAACAGUUAAGGAAUUAGGGGCCAAAAAUAAGCAUUUUUGUAACUUCCAGACAUAACUUGUGUGUUAGUGUAUGGAUCUCUCUGACAUUGUACCACAAGGUUCCAUAUCACAAAGGGAACGCUGGGAUUGAUUUUGGGGGUAAUUGCCUCCAAAUUUUAGGAAUUAGGGGCAAAAAAAGGGGCAAAAAACAAGCAUUUUUCUAGUUUCAGGACAAUAACUUGUGUGUAAGUGUAUGGAUCUUUAUGAAAUUGUACUACAAUGUUCCAUAUCACAAAGGGAAAGCUGGGUUUGAGUUUGGGGGUAAUUGCCCUAAAUGUUUAGGAAUUUUGGGCCAAAAAGGGGCCAAAAAACAAGCAUUUUUCUAGUUUCCAGACAAUAACUUGUGUUCAUGUGUACGGAUCUCUCUGAAAUUGUACUGCAAGGUACCAUACCACAAAGGGAAGGCUGGGAUUGAGUUUGGGGGUGAUGAAUCAUAAGGGUUUUUUUUUUCUGUAUAAUUUUCCAUUUUAAAUUGGUUAUUUCUGAUUUAUAUAUAAAAGCAAAUAAUAAUGAUAUGGUUUGAAUAGGUAAAUUAAAAAAAUUUAAGUUCUUAGACCACAUUCAUUCUGUGUCAGAAACCUAUGCUGUGUCAAAUAUUUAAUCACAAUCCAAAUUCAGUGCUGAAUGUUGUGUCCAUACUUGCCCCAACUGUUCAGGGUUCGACCUCGGCGGUCGUAUCAAGCUGCGCCCAGCAGAGCAUUUUAUUGAUUCAGAGUUACUGAAAAGAAGUAUUAUAUCUGUCAGUCAAACGAUACUUUUUCAUAAGAAUCAAAGCACUUUUGAAAAGGUGGAUUUUCUUACCAGGCAAGCAAUGGUAUUUGAUGUUAGACAAAAAAUGAAAAGUUUCUUCGAUACUGAAUUUUGUUGUGUCAUCUUCUUCUUUCAUUAAGAUAAUAAAAAAUAUUCAUCUUAAAGUCAUGGUUCCCAUGACCCAUGAAAUCUACAUAAAAUUAAUAUCCCAUAUAUUAACAUGAUGAUUCCCAGUGGGGGGGUGUUUCAUUGGGUUGGAAUCCCCCUUUUUUGACUAUCAAUGCAUUUGAAUGGGGACAUAUGGUUGAGAACACCCCCCCCCCCCCCCUUUAUUCUGGGUUGGAAUUCCCCCUAUUAGAAAUGGCUGGAUCCGCCCCUGUGAUUUUAAGUCUUUUAUUGUCCUCAGAUAUUUUACAAAUAUUUUUUGUCUUUAAUUCGAACUGCUGUAUAAUAUUUAAAAUUGCCUGCUUUUGGUAUUCCCUGGGUUUCUCUCUUUUUUCUCUUUGAUUUUCAAUUUAAAAUGGCUCUGUUUACUUCCUCUUAGACAGAAAGUAUUCAUUAUGACAUAGCACUGCUUUUAGGCUAUUUGUUCAAAGAUCAGUUAAAAAAAACUCUUAUUCCUUGGAUAUCAAAUUUUGCAGUUUGUUUUUUCAUUAAUUAAAAUAUAUUUCUUGCUGAUACCUGCAAUUUGACCUUAUAGAGUUGCUGAAAAUUAGUGUUCAACAAAAAUCAAAAAAUAAACUGUAACAAAGAGUUACAAUAAAAGAAAGGUUGUAAAAUUAUCAGGGCUGACAAAAAAAUUUGUGGACAAAUUUUUGCAUCCUACUUUGACAAAAUACAUGGCAGUAGGAUGAAACUUUUCCAAUAAAAUUCAUUGUGUUUUGUAGAAAAAAAAAUAGAGAUUUUUAUAUGUUCUACAAUUUUCAAUUUUUUGGCAAAUAAGAUGUUUAGUAAUAUAUUUGUUUAUUUGAUGUGGCAAAUAUGUGAUAAUUUCCUCUGAAGUGAAAUAUUUGAAUUUAAAUAAAAAUGUCAUUUGUGCAUAAAAACUUGAUAUCUCAAGUCACAUUGAGUAAAAAUAUUAUAAUUGCAAAUUCAAUUUCAAAAAAUAAAAGUCUUAAAGUGUGUUUACGUGGGAAGAAUUUCCAUCAGAUUUAAUACCAUUGCCUAGGUAAAUCGUACAGCAUUCUGUUCACAUGAUAAAAUUGUAUCAUGUAAAUCCAUCUUUAAGGUUUAUGAAACUUGUCCACAAACUUGCAUCAGUCCUUGUACUAAUUCUUUGGGAACAAAUUUUUCAGUUAUGAAAUUUAUACAUUUCAUUUUCAUAUACCGACACCAUUUUCUUUACAAAUCAUACCAUACAUGCUGCAUCAAAGCUGACUUCAUCAACCAUUUUGUUUCCACAUGCCCUUUAUUCUAAUUGGAUACAUUCAUUUAUAGACACAGAUAGAUAUUUUUGUUUAGUUUAUGAGAAAGUCCCAUUUUAUGAUCUUUAAUAACUUCAUAAUGUCAUCCAAAGAAAAUUUUGAAAAGUGCUUGUAAUGGCAUAAUACUUUUUAUUAAAAAUAAAUAGUUCCUGGUGUUGGCUUAUUUUGAAUACCGGUACUUUUACUACGAAAUAUCUUUUAGUCUUAGUCUUUUAGUGCUAUUUCAGUAUUGAUGUAGUUCACCUUUAAAUACUCAAAAUAUCGCUAGCAUUUGUUCGUGUGAUUACUAGGCAUAUAAAUUAAACAUAUUUAUGAUUACAUUCCAAAAUAUCUAAUGAUUUCCGGAUAAAAAAAAGUAUUUAUUUAGAUGGGAAUAAAAGGAUAUACUGGGUACAUGACAACAUCCAAACAACACCAAAAACCCAAAAAGAAAUAAAUACACGUUAUCGCUACCGGUAUUUGUCUGCCAUUACUGGACAUCUGAAAGGUUCCCGUAAAAUUUUGACAUCAUAAUAGAAAAUAUCUGACGCCACAAUGGAAAAGUGAUUGUUGUAUGACGUCAAGAGUUCAAGCGGCACAGAUUUCUAAAUAGCGAUAAGAUCUAUUGGUAACCAUAAACAUACAGUCUUCUAUAAUAGGCAUGUUGUGUGUCUAUACAAUACAUUAUGUUCUAAAUCAACCUGAGCCUACUGAAGUAUGGGAAAGGAGGGAGUCUCAUCCUGAAUUCCUGAGAAAAUAAAUGUCAACUCUUGAAUUCCUGUGAAAAUAAUGUGUUCGUUGCAAAUUCAAAGGGUCAAUCCCAUAUUCCCUAAAAAGGUCCUUCCGCCCAUUCAAAGUAGUAAGUAGAUAUAACAGAUACUAAGUAAACACAGAUCUGUCAUCUAUAACAACUUCCCUUAAAUGACAAAAAAACAUGUUAUGACAACCAAUAUCCAGGUUCCUGACUUGAGACAGGGACAUUAACAUUUAUUAAGACACUUUAUGAUUUACCAAAAUCUAACAAAUGACUGUGCAAGAAUAGACAGACAUUAUUGAUUAUAUGAAUGCCACAACAGACAAUUUGUAAUUGUAUGAUUAUCAGUACUAUUUAUAUAAGGGCCCAUCACCUUAGAAGAAUAUAAAAUGCUGUGAUUUAUUAAUACUUUUUCUUCUUUGUGCCUUUUGUAAUAAUUUUUUGCCAAUGUUUAAUGUUGAUUAAGAAAAUAAAUAUUUGCAAUAGCUUGGGAAAGGAUAAUGUUGACUGUGUUGAAGAUGGAUUGAAAUUAGAGGGUUUUUUUAUUUUUGUUCGAAAUUAUUUUUUUACUUAUAUUAUUUUAUUUUUAUGCAAAUUUGUUUAAUGGUUUUGGUGAACAAUCGAAGUUAUUGUAUUCAGAAUUACAUUUGUACAAGUGAUUGUUAAAGGAGAAAAGUUUUUUUUUUUAUGUAGAAGCAAAAAUUAUAGAGAUUCUUUGGAAAUCCUGCUCUAUCUACUACACAAUUUCAUUUCAAGGGUAUUUAUAUUAAAAUAAAAUUAACAAAAAUUACAGUAUACUAUCAUGUCUUUUCCAAGAAUAAACUGAAAUCAUUUAUCAGAAAAGAAAAAAAAAGAGAGAAAAAUUAUCCAUACAUGGUAGUCCAGUUUAUGGAGUAGCUCUUUCAAUAUAACAAUUACAUUAAAAUAACAUUUUAACUUUGAUCACAUAAUAUGUUAUUUAUUUUGUCUGUUCUUUUGUCUUUUUAUAUUAUAUUGCCAUAAAUAAUUGUAAUAAUUGCUCAUUAUUUUGUAUUUGAAGGAAUUUUGUUUAAUAGUAAAUUUUAUGUCACAUGUAUAAUAUAAUCAUGCAUAUUCUCCAUGGACAUUUUUGUUGUAGCGUUUGAGCAUGCCCAGUAAAAAUUCUCUUCUACAUGGACUUUACCAGUAAACUGAAAAUAGAAAAGGAAGAAAUAUUCGAUUAUUUUAUUGGAAAAUAUUGAUUUAUACCAUGUAGAAUAUCUUACUUGGCUUGCUUUCAAAUUUGCUACUAAAUGAAUCAAUGUUUAUUUUAUCUAUUUGACCUGAAGGGUCAUGCAUCUACCAAUCAUUUUAAACUUAGAAUCUGUUACUCUGUUUUCAUAAACUUAAUCAAGAUUUUACUAUUUGUUGAAAUCCAGAAUUAUGUGUAACUGUACAAAUCAAUCAUGAAAAUCUCCCUAAUAUUCUUAUUGAAAAAACCUAACUAAAAACCAAUUGUGCAAUCUUAAACCCCAAAAAGUAAAUAAAAAACAUUGACUUAAUUUUAAACAAGGGAAAGACUGAAAUAGAGUGUUAAAAAUUGUUCUUUGAAAAUUAAACUAGCUGAUAUUCACUUCACACGAUAUAUAUAAGAGUCUAGCCAACAUAUACGUUGGAUUCGUUAAUAUUUGUGGGAUACCAACUUACAUAGAUUUCGUGGGUAUAGGUUACUUUCCUAUAGGCUUGUAUGCAUGAUUUUGGCAAAACCAUAAAAUCAAAUGUAUAUGAAAAAGCAAUUUUUCCUCAAACCUCGAAAAUGGAAUUCAUGAAAAUAAAUGAAUCCACAGUAUGGUAUUCUGAGAAAACAUUCUGCGACUCUUUUCACAAAAAAUCUUACGAUCAAUUUUGAUCGUAAGUUAUACUGAAAUGUGUAUGACUUUUGAAGUUUUUUUGUGAAAAGAGCCGCUGAUUAUUUUUAUAUUUGUUCAUGUGAAAUGGUUUCUGUUUAUGAAUAAUGCAAUUCGAAAUGUCUUCCCAGACUACCAUGUUGGUAAAAAUAGAGAAAUA